CAGAAAUUCAGUUAUAUGUUUUAUUUUAAUUUCUUAGCUUCAAAAUCAUCUGAAGAAUGUGAAACAAAUGAGUUAAAAUGUGGAAACAACAAAUGUAUACCAGCCAGCAUGAGAUGCAAUGGGGUUCCUGACUGCGAAGAUGGUUCAGAUGAACAUAUGUGUUCAAAUAGAUGUCCUUCUGGAAGAUCCUGUAGGUCCCAGUUCCAGUGUUAUGAAGCUUCCAUGCAUUGUGAUGGUAUUGCUGAUUGUGCAGAUUUUAGUGAUGAAAUAGACUGUGGAUUUUGUGCACCUAAUCUGACUAGAUGUGGUACAAAUUCUUCUCAGUGCUACGAUCCUCUUACUCAGAGAUGUGAUAAGGUAUUCAAUUGUUUUAAUGGAGAAGAUGAAAAGGAUUGUUUCAGCUUAUGCCCUGGAAAAAUAAUGUGUGAUUCAAGAAGAGGCUGUUAUCCUAUGAAACAUCGUUGUAAUGGUGUUGCUCACUGUGAAGAUUUUUCAGAUGAAAAAAAUUGUGUUCCUGAAUUAUGCAAUUAUGAACAUGGAGGAUUUCUAUGUGAUAAUGGCCGUUGUAUACAAGAGGUCUGGACUUGUGAUAGGACUGAUGAUUGUGGAGAUGGAUCUGAUGAAAGAAAUUGUUUGAGGAACAGUGUAUUGACUGCUGCAUUGAUGGGUUCCUUAAUAUGUGCUCUGCUUUUGGUGAUUGCCAUUAGCUGUACUUGUAGGCUUCAUGCUUUGCGUAUGGAAAAUAGAAUGCUGGCACGUGAAACUCCUCUCUCGCGAUUAAGUCGAGAAUUUUUCUUUCGAGAGCCUCCUCCAUCAUAUGCUGUAGCUGUAGAAAAUCAACCUCACCGGAAUCUCUGCACUGAGAAUUUACACUAUGGAGUUCCAGUGCAUCGCAGCCGGCGGAGGAGCCGUCGACCAAGACAAGGAAGAAGUGGUCCACGGUUACCCUAUGUGUCCUCCAACUGUGUACUCCCAAGACCUGGUGGAAUUGUGCCAGUCCAUGUGCCGAAUUUGCCAUCUCCAGAAAUACCUGUUAAUUCUCAAAUUCCUAUCCCGAUCUCAGAAAACUCUGCUGGUCAAGAAGAAAAUCCAAGACCCAGUCGUAAAGAUGAAAAUAUUCUUACAAAUUCUGCUGAACAGGAAUGUGAACUUUCAGUAGAAACCAGUCAUAAUAAAGCUCCACAUACUUUUCUGCAACAGAAUGCUCAGUGUGAAAAUGUAAAUACUGGUCAUGUAGAUUUUAAUUAUAGUGAAGCUGGGAAUUCAAGUGUUGAAAAUCACACUGAUCAUUAUUUCUGUGAUAGUGAUAGUGAACCUCUUGUUGCUUGAGAAAUCAGUCGAUAGAAAUUUGUGGUUUUUCACAUAACAUCUGUUUUUAAUAAUCUUUGGUACCUUACUUUGUAAUAAGGUAGUCAUAUAAGAAUUAAUUUGUAUUCUUAUCCAUUUUUGAAAUUUUGUCACUUUCCAAAUUAGUCAGUUUUUUUUUUUUUUGUAUAUAUAUAACAUUCAUCUUAAAAUGAAACUGAAAAGGAAUUUCAUAAUCAUCUGAGAUCUAAAAAUAUUUGCUGCCUUAACUGAAAAGUGCCUCAGUUAUAUAAGGUUUUUGCAAACGGAAUUUUACAAUAUAAUGAACAACUGACAUUUAUUUUAUUGAGUGGUUGAUAUAUUAUUUAAGACAAUUACAUAAUAAGCAACUUCCUUCAAAGUUUUUAUAUUUGUAACUUCAUCUCUGAACACUGCAUUUAACCUUUAAUAAAAUAUCCAUGUUAGAAUUCUUAAAAGUUUAGAUGCAAGAUUGAUACUUUUGAAAAAUUUGCAUGAUAUCUGGGGCUUUCUAACAAAAUAAUGAAUUUUUUAUUGUUAAUUCUUAUAUAAAAUAGUUUGUAAUAUAUUUAAUAUGUUAUAAUCUGUAUAUUUUAUUACUAGAUAGCAUUUAAUUAAUGAGUGAAAGGGGGAUGUAUAUUUAACUAAAUAUAAAGUUUUCAUUCCUUAAUCAGGAUCAAAAUGAUAUCAGUAGCAAGUCAUUCUGAACAGGUGUACUGGAAAAACACCACAGCAGCAGACAUUUGAGAGCCUAUUAUUUUGGGGGACAUGCAUUCACAUAAAUAUAUUUCUAAACAAUAAUGGUAUUUACAGUUCUGAUAUUUCCAAAUCGUAUAAAAAAAUUUUUGACAAGAACUUUAAAAGUUUUUUUUCUUCAUAUAUUGUAAAAAGUUCGGAAUGUAAAUCAGAUUCCAGGUACAGUUUGUUAAAUAAGUAUUCAAAUAGUACUCUGAUCUUUUAUGCUGAAUAUAUGUUUGGGAGAAAAACUUACUGUAACUAAGCUUUAAAUAUUUAAUUAAAAUUUCUUGUUAUAACAUGUUGUGAAAACUUAUGCAAAAGAUACAAAUAACUUUGAUAUUAGUAUAUUUAAUUAGCUGACUGUCUAUUAGAAAGUCAAAACAUAGGAAAAUUCUCGUAAAAUAUACAGCAUAUCUUUAUCUGUUAACGAAACAGCUUUUUAUGUGUAAAUAACCUUUAUUAUGGAGAUGUAAAAGCUGUUUUGAAAAUAUAUUAGCUGAAAUAUUUUUUCAGUCAGUAAGAGCUUUUGUGAUAAAUUACUUCAUAUUUAUAAGAAAAGCCAUUCCAUUAAAAUUAUUUAAUAUUUCUUUUGAAAAAAAAUUUUGGCCCAGAGUGAUAGUGGUCUUCAAGCUUUAACUGCUUUUUCAGGGGUGGAACCCUUGGUAGCUUUAGAAAAAUAAAUGUUAAAAUAUUUUGAAAAGGUAUGAAUGUGGCAUAAAUUUUUAUAUAUAAAAUAAAAUAAUUAUUUCAGUACAAUUUUACUUAUAAAAAUAAAUCUCCUUCAAUUUUAAGUAACUGUAACUAUAAAAUUAUAUAUUACUUAAUUUAAUAUUUUAGAUGUUUAGUUUUGCAGUUCAAAUGCUAUUAAAAAGUUCAUUUGGAUUUUGAUGUCCAAAACCCCAAGGUUCCACUGAACACAGUACAAAGACCACUUCAUUUGGAUAUAAGCCAAAAACUUAUAAAUGUUAUGCUUGAUAAAUGUGUAUUUAAGAUAUGUUAUCUUACUUAAAAAUUUAAAAAUUGUUGAAUUGUAUUAUUUUUUAAUUUUGUAUAUAUUUAUAUUUAUGUAUAUAUUUGUGUGUGGAACUUAACAGUAAAAUGGAAUAUUUUUAUUUUAAGAAAUCAAUAAUUGGUUCUUUAGUUUUAUGCUGAAGUCAGUCUGUUGACUGCCAAAAAUAUGAAAAUAGUUAUGGCUAAUGUAAUUGAUAUUUUUCCUUGAAAUUGCAUACGUAUACAUUUGACAGGAUUUUUAUUUUUCAUAAUGAUUGAAGACAUUAAGAAAUUAAUUAUCUCUCACUGUACUAAAUUUCUUUUGAAUAGUGCAUAAAACUGUAAAGUAGUCCUUCUAACAUCUCUGAUUCCACAUGAACUCCAUAGUUUUUUUUUUUUUUUUUUUUUUUUUUUUUUUUUUAAGUUUGUGCCUUCUUUUAUAUAUAUAUAUAUAUAUGUUGGUGAUAAUGUUCACGUUUCUUAGUUUUAGAUUAUGUGCAUUUUCAAAUGCAAAAGUUAUUUAUUUAAAACUGAACAAUAUCUGCAUAAGUUUUUAUAUAAAAUAUUUAAAUCUGGCAUUAGUAAAAUCUGGUACUUUACCAUCAGUUAUGAAAAUUGGGUGUGAUUGUGAUCCCGCAAAACUUGUGUCAGUCAUUCCGGCAGAAGUUUGAAAGAAUAAAUCCGUAAAUAGUUGGAUAAUGACCACAUACAAGUUAUAAAUGAACGUGAGUAUAAAUCACAAAUAUAACUUUGGUGCCUUUGAACUAUGCUCUUUUUUGAAAAGAUAAUGCUUGUCGCGUUUUUUUGCGGAUGCUUCAUUAUUUAUUCAUUUUCAAACAAAGUCCCAUAUUGUUGCCAUUAAUUCAUAACUUUCUGAUGUCAGGAUCCUGUAAUUUAAAAUUACUCUAAAUGCUUGUCUGUCAAAGUGAGGUCCUGUUUUCAAAAUGCAAGGAAAAACAGACAAAUAGCAGUAACUUAUAUCCACCUUUACAAAAACAUAAGCUAUUGAGGAUCAGUUUAGAGUUACAUAAAUUAAGAUAAUGGUAUGCUUAUGAAUAUGUUAUGACAUCAUGUUUAUCCACUAUACUGGCAGUAAAUUACACUCUUUGGCAACAGUUUUUGUUCAUCAAAUAUUUUUGACAGGAAGAUAAAUUUAAGUAUCCAAAUUCCAAUGUUUUUAUGUUAAUAACUGCAUAAAAGUAGAUUUUUUUUGGUUAAAUUUUUAAUAGGUUCUCAGUUUUGAUAUUAUUUAGCAAUUAUUAAUUUAUUAAUUAAAAGAAAUGUUUCAGUUAUAGAGAAAAGAAAUAUUCUUAAAAUCCUUAAAUAGGAAUUCUCUUAACCAUAAACAGGAGUUGUUGAACUUGAAUAAGUAUCUUAUUUCAUGAAUACAUUUGUAGGCAAUAUUUUCAUUCCUUGUGCAUUUACUAAUACCAUGAUCAUUUUACAAAUAUAAAUAAUAAAAAUAUCCAGUAUUGACAAAUCUAAUGAAAAGUGACAAUUUAUAAAUCUUGAAUUUUGUUAUAAAAAUCAUACUUGCUAUUAUAUAUACACAGUAUAUUCUGGCUUAUAAUAUGAACUUUUAAUAUAAAAUAUAAGGUCAAAAUUUAUGGGUGCCCGUUACAUGCCAGAUAUAAAAAUGAUAGAUUUAAAACUAAGGAAAAGAUGUGCAUACAAAAUUUAGAUUUCUACAUGUCCCUAAAUGCUGUUUGCUUAAAAGAAAUGAUAUUCCUUAUGAACUUAAAAAUUUCCUUGUCUUAUAACAUGAAAAGUUCAUCAUAUCAUUGAAUUCUAUUUCAUCUUCACCACUACUGUUAUUCUUAUCCAUAAGUAAAAAAUCAUCUUCUGUUCCAUCUAGAUUGUUAGAUAUACUAGUAUGCUUUUUAAUGACUUAAAUUAUAUUGUUUAAUUCCCUUCCAUGCUUUUAUUAUCCACUCACAGACUAUUUCUAGAUUGGCAUAAUGCAUUUGGCCUCCUUUUCCUUCCUUGCCGUAGCCUGUUCACUUCAGAAUCACUGCUUCAAAUGACUACAGAAAGAGAAAACAUCUGACUCAUAAGUUUGUAAAUUUAUUGGGUCAAAAGUGCAUUUUUUACCUCAAAUAAUGUCCCCCUUUUCUCGAAACCCUAGAAUAACAUUUUUAUGCAUAUCUGCAUUGAAUACAGUGCACCCUCUUUGUAGAAUUAUGUGCUCCCUCAAGGAUUUCUCCCACACACAUAUUAUUUCUCCUUAUUGUUUGACAAAUUAGUAUACCAUUAUUCAAAAGCCUGAUAAAUGUCUUUGAAUGAAUGAUAGAAGAUAAUAGCAUUGCAUAUGUAUCUUUCAGGUUUCUUCAUAAAGAAAAGGGUGUGCAAGAUAUGACGAAUAUACCUAAAAACUAAAAAAUAUAGUUUGAAAUUAUAGGUGCAUGUUAUAUGGCCGAAUAUACAGUAUAUAAAAUCUUCUGCUGCAAAUGUGUCUAAUAAAAUGGCUAAUAUUCUAAUCCUAUAAUCAUUCAGUGUGCCUUCAAGUGGCUUUAUAUAGCAAUUUCAAUGAUAUGCUAACAGCAGGAAUAUAAAGUUUAGAAUAUUUUUUAUCUUUAUGUAUUAUAUACCUCAAAUUUAACAUUUAAAAUUGUUUUGUGCAUUAUUGCAUGGAAAUACUGUACAAUCCAGAAUAAAGCUUCAGAUAAAUCAGAAGAUUAAUAAUGAUAUAUGCUUUAAAUUUAUAAAAGUGAACUGCAACAUAUAUAUUUAAAAAAUAAAAUAGAACUAUACUGAUUUUCAA